CGGAAACAACGCCAGCCAACAGGCAGUUUUUUCGGGUGUGCGUGCAAGCAAGCAAGCAAACCCAGCCACAGAGCCGCAGUCGGGCACUGGCCAUCCAUUCAAGCAAGCCACGCUCUCCGCUUCGCGUUUGUCGGUUAACAAGCAAGCAAGCGAGCGAGUGAGGGUGUGCGUGUGUGUGUGUGUGUGUUUGCAGCUUCCUCUCCCCCUCUCCGUCUGUUUGAUCCCCAUCCGCACCCGCACAAGCGCAAAGCACUGCUUCUCCUUAGCUCCCUUUGUGUCAUCAUCUUGAAAGCGCGCAACUCAACACAGCCGCAGCAACACCCGUUGCUCCACCAGCCACGAGAUACUCAACCCUCCUUCUUCCCCAACAACCACCCCUCUUCCUUGGACACACCGUGCUUCAACUGCCAACGUUGAGCCGAGCUGUGUCGCCCAGGCCAUCGCCAACAGCUUGCAGGCACCACACCUCCCUCCCUACAUCCCCCUUCCCCACACACACACAGGCCAGCCCAAUGGACCAUGCGUGGGGAGCUGCAAUGAGACACCCACAUCAACAACAAGCGCACCCACAAGCGAUGCAGCAACACAGAUGGCGGAGGCGUCGUCACAGGCCUCAGCUGCCUUGCAGCUCGCGCCUCGCUGACCGCGCUUCUUCAACCUGCACAAGCUGGCGGUUGCCCACAUCGCUGCUGUUGUCAUUGGUGUUCGUCGUGGUUGUGCUCCUUGCUUCAAGUAUAACAGCAUCAGCAACACCAACAGCAGCAGUAGCAGCACAGCAACAGCAACAGCAACAGCAACAGCAGCAGCAACCGCUCAUGCUGGACGAUGUAGAUUUGCAUGUGCUGCAGCCAUUGCAGCUGCAUGUUGGCCGCGGUCUGCUGUGCGGACUCGCAGGCAACAAACCCCUGCCUUCUUGGAUAUCCUGCGAUCCGGAAUCAGGCAACUUGUAUGCGUUGCCGCCACAACACGCCGUCGGCCAGUACUUUGUCAACGUGACACAGCCCCGCGACGACUCAGAUACCAGCAUGAGCAGCAGCAGCAGCCAGCCCCAGCAAGACGUGUUUGGAUUGCAGGUCUUGCCAGAGCCGCAGCCGGCACAGUGCGCCGUCUUCACCGUGCGUGCCACCGUUGACAAGCCUUGGCGGUUCUUUGACACGGGAAGCAAGGUCGCCUUUGCUUCCCACCUCAUCGACAUUGCCACGGCUGUUGCGCCCUCUGCUUGGUUCACCGUCACCAACACUGCGCCAGGCCUGCAGCGCUCCUUUUCCCCAAUGUAUUGGAUGGGCCAAUCGCCCAACAAUGCGGCCGUGGACGUGAGCCAUUCCACAACCAUCGUGGACCUCGCCUUGCCCUGUGGCAUGGGCGCAACUGUGCCGCAGGCGCAGGCCAUCCUCGACGCACUCACCCGCGCGCACCAUAACCUUGACUUGUUCCAGGGCUUGAGGUACGACAUCAUCUCGCUUGUGAGCACGGAUGUGCAGCUGCUGCGCCACAAACCAGAGCACAGGGCAGGUGACGCAACACCCACACCCACACCGCAGCUGCAGCCAGACCUGCGCGUGCCAACCACUGGCGCUCGCCUCCCCCUCAAAGCAGCCCCCAUCUCGUCCUCUGCCACCAAGCAACGGCCCCACCAACAAGGCCCUGCCUCAUCGUCUGCGGUGUUGGAGCGCACGCUGUUGGAGGAUGCCCUCUUGCAGCGUGCGAGGCGUGCAGACUCAAUUGACCUGUCCACGCUGGGCGAAGUCGAUGUCGUCUUCAUCAUCGAUGGUUCGGGCAGCAUGGGCUUUGACAACUUUCAGCGCGCCCUCGAGCUGGCAGCAAACAUGGUCGAGGCGCUUCCGAUUGGCCCAGACAACUUCAUGUACGGUUGUUGA